AUGCCGAAAGGCAAAGCUCCUGUCGACCCGCUGGGCUACACGAUCCACGCCGAAAACAUCGCGAAGAUUCUGACGGACGAGAAUCUGAAAAUGCCGCUGUCUGUGGGCAUCUAUGGAUCCAGGGGCAUCGGCAAGACUUGCCUUCUCGAUAAACUCAAAGAGAAAACAGUCAACAAAAUCAAGGAAAAGGGGGAAUCAGCAAUAAAGGACCGGUCGCCGUUCCCUCACUGGACCUUCAUCGUGCUGCUCUCGGUGUUCCUCUUCACGCUGGCCUUCACCAUCACCGCUGGAGUACUGCACCCCACCGCAUGGGUUGGUCCUCUCAUCCCAACCGUACUGGCCUUUCUCUCCCUGGUGCUGGUCAUGCUCUUCACAUUCAACGUGUUGGAUAUCAGGAAUAGAUCUAAUCCGCUGCACUGGGUCCUCGGGAUCUACCUGGAUCUCAUCGACCCGCCGUCCAUUGACAAAGACCAACUUCCAGACCCGAAACACUACAAGGUCAUCUGGGUCAACUUCAACGCCUGGGAGUUCACAGGCUGCAAGGUAUUGUGGGCCGGGAUCGUGACCCGCCUGUGCGACACCGUGGAAUCCGAGAUUGGUGCGUUGGUCACGCGCUUCUACCGCUGCAUCAAGAAGAAAGUGAAGAUGGGUGGAAAGCGGAUCCUGCUGUGCCGGUCCUGGUUCCGGAUCGCCCUGCUGCUGACCCUCGGUGCCCUGCUGGCCCAAGUAAUCCUGCUGAUCAUUCUCGCUGUCGGUAUCGAACAAGUCCGUAUCGAUUCGGUCUCGUCAGUAGGGAGUGUGUUGGGGCUGGGCUUGCUGGGCGCGAUUGUGAACUUCGUAAUUGAGGGAAUCAAGGUGGGGAAGCGGGUCUUCUGGUCCCAGAAGGACAAGCUGGACGCCGAAAGUCGCCGGCCUAACUUCACGGAACAGCUGGGCUUCAUGUCGUUGGUCAAGCGGGAGGUGCGUGUGGUGACGUCCCUGCUGCGGUUCCUGCAGCGCGUGCUGGAGGUCCAGUAUCGCGUCAUCAUCGUCAUCGACGACCUUGACCGCUGCGCAGCGGACCGCGUGGUGGGCGUGCUCGAGGCCAUGAAGAUCCUUCUGUCCGACGACAACGCUAACAUCAUCACCGUCCUGGCCGUGGAUCAGAAGACGGUUGUCAACUGUCUCAAGACGGAGCUUCCUCACACGGUGCCAACGGAGUCUAGUGCGUACGAGUACUUAAAGAGGGUCGUGAGGUUCUCGGUCUGCCUCCCGGAGGCCAACGUGAGCGGCCGGAUGCAUGUGUGGGAGAAGCUCCGGGAGGAGGCAAAAAACGAGGAGAGCCGGGAAUCUGAGGAGGUCGAGAGCGCAUUUACGGAGGUCGAGAGGGAGUUCUUAAAGGGAGUCGUUCAGGUGCUUGACCGAGACCCCCACGACGAAGACCAUGGCAUCAUGCCUUACGUCCUGGGCAACGCGCGCCACAUCAACCGCCUCUACCGCGUACUGCGCAUGACCGUCAGGGUCAUCAACAAAAAGGGCUUGCUGGAACAGGUCGGAAAGAAGCAGGUGGCAUCCUGGGUAGUGCUGGUGGGACAGUGGCCCUGGCGGAUGGGAUGGAUAGUGCAGUUCGUGGAGGACGUGAAGCAAAAUUCGAAGAUCACGAAGGGAGACAGUGGAAAGGGGCUAACAUUAACAAGCGACACGCAACUGCACACAGUGUACUCAGACUAUGUGAGAAAAGAGAUGACGAAAGUACACAGCAAGACAGAACGGAGGAGCUUCAACUCACUGGACGGAGACCCCGAGCUGUUCCAACUCUUACUGAGAGAGUCAAAGUUAACUGUGCAGGCUAAAGGCGACCAUUACGAACAAUACCGAGAAGACCAAAGCUGCAGCUGGGAGCAGUACCUGGAGAAAAUGUCACGUGACGGGGAGUGGGGAGACAGUGUCGUCCUACAGGCCAUUGUGAACAUGUUGGGUCAUGUCGUCAUGAUCGUGUCCAGUGUAAGGGGGAAGAACUAUAUCACAUACCUAAAUCCCGGCCGCGGUCUAGGUUCUCCGCCUAGAGACGCGCCCCCUCUGUUGCUGGGUUACUAUGCCGAGAACCAUUAUGUUAGUCUUGAGCCCAUUGAGCAGCCGGUUGAACAGAAGAAGGAACCAGCACAGCCGGUUGAACAGAAGAAGGAACCAGCACAGCCGGUUGAACAGAAGAAGGAACCAGCACAGCCCAGACGGAACGAUACAGAAAGGGACUGCGUCAAUCAGAAGAUUGCCGAUUUAGUGACGUUCGUCCAGGAGGGUUUUGGGAAUAGUGAAGAUAAGAAAAAGUCCAACAGUUUCUUCGAAGGCCGGAUAAACCACUGGAUCCGUUGGAACAAAGAAAGGGUCAUUGGCCAUUUCCGUAAGCUCGACAAGAACGGAGAUGGUGAGGUGUCGUGUGAGCAGUUCAAGAAAGGAAUGCUUGAGUUGGGCGCACCGUUCAGUCCAGAGAAGCUGCAUCUUCUGGACAUGGGCAACAACGGAACCAUCAACUACAUGGAGUUCUCCAAGGGGCUGCGCUACAGUAGAUCCAUGCGGAACAAAAUUGCGGGAGAAUCGCAUGGGAAGGCGUAA